AUGAGCAGACUCGCACCAUCUCCUAUGCCCCCUCAGGCCCCAGCACAGCCACAGCCGCGAAAACCAUCAGGCGCGCGUCCCGCACCCCCAUCAAUCAAUGCCCCGCAGCAUCAACACGCGCCAAGCGGUCCUACGCCCGUUCGCGCGGAAUACCUCAACCCGCCCGCUCGGCCAUCUCCUCCCCAGUCCCCCUCCCAGCCCCACCCGCAUCCACAACAGUAUCAGGCACCAAAGCCAUUUAUGCCGGGUAUGGUACAUCGGCCAUCCAUGGCUCCGUCGAUGCCGUCCCCCAAAUCAACCGUGAUCGGCCCAUCAGCCCAAUUCGCGCAUCGAGGUCACCACUCGGCGGCGUCGUCGGCAUCGUCCAGGCCGUCCCCGCACAUGUCGUCCCACUCGGGUGACUCGCUUCGGGAGACGACGAGGCACAAUAUCAUGUCGCAGAGCCAGCAGGGGCCGGGCGGGAAUACAGGACCGAGGGGUCAUCUUCCGGGUGCGCGGCAGGCGAGCGCGAACCUGCUCUGGGGGGACGUCAAGAGCCCCAAGUCGCCAGAGAUCGCCACUCCUAGGGAGACAUAUGCGGACAGGCUGGUUCCUGAGCAGAGCGACGUGGAUAUACACUUUGAGAGUCUCAUGGAAUCGCUCCAAGUCCCGCUAUCUGUCCGCGAAAAGUUCGCUACCGUCUCUCCCGCCGUCAAAUCCUCCAUCCUCUCCUCUACCGCCUCAUCCAAUCCCGCCAUUCUCUCCUACCUCGGUCUCCCCACCCCCACGGCCAACACCCCCAAAAUCAAGAAACGCCUCUCCACCCCUCUCCUUCGCAAAGCCAAGUCCUCCUCCUCUCUCGGCGGUAGCAUCCCCAGCCCAGGCUCAAGUCCUCAAGUAGGCAAGACCUACCGCGUCGACGGUGAGAGCUUCACCAUCGUCGCCUCCCCGAAUCCGCCUUCCAGCGCUACCGUGCCCAACACGAAUGCCCACCCUCUCCCUCCCGCCCCCACGCGCGGCAUGUCGAUGGACACGGUCCGACCCACACUGGCACUGAACCGUCUUUCACUGAACCGUCUUUCUGCCGGACCCUCAUCGGGCGGUCGACCCCUCUCUGGCUUUUUUACGCCCUCGUCGCUUUCGCGCUCGUCCGCCAAGCCCGCGGGGCUGGGGAUCAACCUAGGCGAACAGCCCGAGGCGUUCAUCUCGUGGCUCCAGGCCCAUACGGCGACGGAUCUCGCCAUGGAUGUGGGGAGGAUGAAGAAAUUACGGAUGUUGCUGAGGCAUGAGAAUACCGCUUGGGUGGACCAUUUUAUCAAGAUUGGGGGGUACGGGCUGGUCCUCGCCCGCCUGAAGGAUCUGGUGGAUGUCGAAUGGAGGGAAGAGCAGCAUGAUGAUCAGAUGCUGUAUGAGCUGUUGCGGUGUGUCAAGGCUUUAGGGACGUCCGAGGUCGGGAAAGCUGCACUGCGAUACCACUACCCCGACCCCUUUCCCUCACUUUCCACCCUCCUCUUCUCCGAGAAAAAACCAGGCGACCUCCCUUCCAGACAACUCAUCAUCGAACUCUGGCUCUUCCUCUUUGAUCUCUUCCCCUCGCCUACUUCCUCAUCCUCCCCAACAACUGCGACUAGUACUCGUCCCACGUCAGUCCGCUUCGACCCAAAUCAGGGCCCAGCGGUAUUCAUGGCCGGAAACGAACGGAACCGGCGCUCCAUCAAUGCGGCGCAGGAAGUGCGGGGAUUGCUCGUUCCGGAUGUACCCGACAAGACGGCGGAUCUGCACGAUUUUGUUAAGGUUGCGCAUAGGCCGAGAGUAUUUAGGUGUUGGAUGUCGGAACUUGGAGAUAUUUGCAGAGAUUACUUUUGGAUCAUGUGCCAUGGCAGCAACUCACUCUGGGCCGCUGAUGAGGUGGACGAACGGCUCGUCGAGAAGCCUGUAGCGCCCGGUGGAGCCACAGGUGGGGUGGAGUUUGAAGCGAUGAACUAUGUGACUGUCCAUCUCAAACUCCUCAAUAUGCUCUGUAAAGCGAUGGCGGAGCAAGAUCGGGAGAAGGCGGCGGAACUGCAUCGGAAUUUGUUUCAGUCGGGGAUGGAUCGAAUACUGGUCACCCUCCGCAAAGCAAGCACAAUCUUCUACCCCGCGCUACACCUCGAACUCGCCCGGUACGUCCGGCAUCUCCAACUCGUAUCGCCCAACGCCCGCCUCCCUCACUUGAUCGAUAAACUCGUCGGAUCGCCGCCGGACAUGUAUCGUCGAUACAAGGCGCCAGCGCCUGCGCCAGCGCCUGCGCCAGCUCCAGCACCGGCUGUCACGUCGAGUCGGACACAGCAUCUGCAGGGACCGGGUCAGGGUCAGGGGCAAGCGCAAGGGUCUCCAAGGCGGCAAGUGCCAGGUCAGUCUGGGCAGAGGCAGGGACCGGCGCAACAGCAGCAGCAGGGGUCAGGAACGAGAGCUUGGAUUGAGGAUGCGAGGAAGGGGGGGAAAGUGCCAGGUGAUGGAGGGAGGAGAGGGGGGUAUGAUAUGGAGGUGUAG